CAACUGCCUAUCGUCUGCUUUUCAGCUUUAAUACCCACACUCUCUUAUACCCACGCUCAUUACCUAGUACUACCUGAACGAUCUAUUUAUCAUUUCUCAAAAUGAAGUCCACUCUUUUCGCUGCCGUCGCCGUCUUGGCCGCUUCCGUCUCCGCCAUGCCUUUCAAGCAGGACAAGGAUUGCGAGAGCCCAUUCCCAGAUGUCUCUUGCAAGCCUCUUACGCUCCAGAACUACACCAUCGUCUCUGGUGACACCCUGGCAGCCGUUGCCGACAAGUUCGGUUCCGGUGCCUGCAACAUCGUCGCAGUCAACAAAAUCGCCAACCCCGACCAGAUCUUCCCCGGCCAGGUCAUCACUGUCCCAGCCAACUGCACUGGAACCGUCGACAAGACCAGCUGCCUCCCCAACACUCUCCAGCCAAUUGGCACCCAGGACUGUGUUAAGGGUCUGUCCGUCAACCCUCCCGUCUACCAGGUCAUCCCCAAGGACACUUUCACUCUCAUCGCCAACAACUUUGACCUAAAGCUCGACGCCCUCAAGAACGCCAACCAGGGCAGGUUUGCUAGCUUCGACGCCAUCUUCCCCGGCAACAACACUGUCAUCCCUGUCUGCCAAGGCUGCUCGUGCACCAACGACAAGUACACCAUCGUCUCUGGCGACACCUUCAGCGCCAUUGCCAAGAGUGCAGGCAUCACCAUCGGUCAGAUUGAGGCUGCCAACCCUGGCCAGAUCCCCGAGAACCUCCAGAUCGGCCAGGUCAUCAACCGCCCCAAGUGUACCUGCGUUGCUUAAGUUCCACACAAAAAACAUGACUAGUCUCUUGUAUUUCGGCUCGUGGAAUAAAGGUGACAGUGUGUGUGUGUCUGGUCCGUGGCAGGCGAAAAAACGUUAGUAUAUACUCGCGGCUGUAGUAGCUAUUUCACUGUUUAGCACACGAACAAAAAAAAGGCAAGCUUUUGAACGUUCGGCCAAUUUAUAUUCUUAAGACUUGGUCUAUACUUAAAAAUAAUACCUUAGAAUAUCC